AUGUCCGAAAUUACUCUUAACUUGAACUUUAGUGGCCCUGGCCAUAAUGAGAGCCAAGAGAAAGACAGCGGAAAUGCCAGACAUAAACAAUUUGUUAAAAAGAGGCGCUACCUGGAGCAUAAGGGUUUUCUGAAGAAAAAGCAAAACAAAAAUAACAGUCACAAAGGAGGAGAUAAAAAGGACAAAUUGCAAAAAGAAAGGAAAAGAAAGGACCAUUCACAAGCCAAUGCAGUUUUCCCCAAAUUUACUACUCUUCAGCCUGACUUGUCCACAAAUCCCUCCAGUUCCAUGCAGUCCCACCAUGGAAACUCAGCGACCAUCAAGGAAUUCACAGUGCCUUCAAAGUCAACAUCUAAAACAGGGUCCAGUUCAGUAUUGCACAAUCCGUUGAAAUAUGUUGCCCUUGACUGUGAGAUGGUAGGGACAGGGCCCAAAGGUCACUGCAGUGAGCUAGCCCGCUGCAGCAUAGUCUCCUAUGAUGGUAAUGUAAUUUAUGACAAGUUCAUCAAGCCGGUUAAUCCAGUCACAGAUCUUCGUACUCGCUGGAGUGGAAUAAGAUGGAAAGAUCUCCAUAAAGCAACACCCUUCAAACAAGCCCAGGGAGAGAUUUUAAAGAUCCUCACUGGGAAAGUGGUUGUGGGCCAUGCUGUUCAGAACGACUUAAAGGUUUUGCACUAUUCUCAUCCUAUCCACCUCUUGCGAGACACCUCAAGAAUUCCCAUUCUGAAUCAGAAAGCUGGUCUCCCUGAAAAGCAACCUGCCUCCCUGAAGACUCUGACAAAGGUUCUGUUAAACAAGGAGAUACAGACUGGAAAGAAGGGCCAUUCAUCAGUAGAAGACGCAAAAGCCACCAUGGAGCUAUAUAAAACAGUAGCAGUGGAAUGGGAGAGGACUUUGGCUUCAAGUACUUCUUCCUAG